CUUGAAUCACAGCGCAUACUUCCCAGCAAGUCGUCCAUGUAAUUUGUUCCUUCAAUAUCUUAGAACGUGUGGUCUUGCACCAGGCAGCCAGUCUGAUCCAUCUUUACUUGCCUAGAAGAUGCUUUUGGCAAAUCUGUGCUCUGAACGUUUGCUUUGUUUAGAGCCAUACCCUUACUGCAACUGCCUGGUGACGCCAUUAAACAGGAGGCGCCAUAUUCGCGAGAGAUUUCUUUGCUCUAAGCCUUAUUAUCUACGCUAUGUAUAACUACGAGAGGACGCUAAAUUAGCCCGUGGCUCAUAUAAAAGCGAUUCUGCACGAAGCCAGCCCAGGCCUUCCGGUUCUUCCGCUCGGCCUGGUAAUCUGGACGAAAUGCCUGGGGGCGGAAAAAGGUUCCUGGGGAUCAAUCGAAGAUUAGAAGUAGAUAUUCAUUCCACGGAUAUCAAUUAUCAAACCGGAUGCCCAAAUUUGGGAUGUCACAAACAGUGCAUCUCAUCAACCUGAGCGGAUGGUAUGUUGCUAAAUGUAAUCUGAGAUGUCUGGAAUGAUACCUAUUCUCUUCAAAUAUUUCCCCCUAUCUCUUCACGGAUAUCCUACCCUAUCAUCCGACUGAGAGCUCUUUAAACCAUCCGUUGAUGGAAAGAGUCCGACAUCAGGCUCGAGACCCACAGUCAGUUGACAGGGAAGAUAGCCCUCCGCAUGUUCUACUCAAGCGAAUCACUCGCAACUGGCAAUGUUGUUUUCUUGCAUCGUGGGAGUAUGGCCUGCCCCAACCGUCGUUUCUCAAGACAAGCAAGCCCCCCGAAGCCAACGGACAGGUAUACAAAGUAGAGGAAAUACUCAAGAAGACGGAAAGCAAUUUUCACCUCGAGAAUCCCAAAUCUUGCAAGAACAUACAAUCCUGUUCAAAGAAUAAUCUGACUUGCUACCAAUCGCUUUCCCCAACCUGAUUCUAUUUUCUCCUGGAACUCUUACUUCACUCACCUAAAUUUAUCAGUACGGCACUGAUUAGUCAAAGCACUUAAUUGAUCAUAAAAAUCAGAUCUGUUUCAUUCCCCUAUUUUUUCAGUCCAUUGGAGCUUUCCGGGUAUGAAUUGGUUGUAAGACUGGCUGGAACCCACCCAUUGCUUCAGGGCUGCCUCAGGAGCUUGUGAUUGUUCUCUUUUUCUCUCAAUCAGUUUAAUGGACUUGGUUGCUGGGAAAGAGUGUGGUUGCAGUGGGAGAACAGCUGAAAGUUUGAACUUGAGAUGUACAUACAAACAAAUACCUUGCAUUGAAUGAAUGAUACAUAGGAUGGAAAUCACAUGCAAAAGAUAGGAACAUCUUGGACAAUAUAAUCAUAAUAAUUUUAUCAAUUCACUCAAAAUACAAAGAAAAAGAGAGAGAGAGAGAGAG